AUGUCUAGUUUGGGAGAUUACAUUGACUUUAACAAUCGACAUAUACCCGAGUUGGAUGUAUGGUCAAUCUUGAGUGAAAUUGCGCAGGGAGUCAAAGCUAUUCACGAUGCAAACAUUAUACACUUGGACCUCAAACCAUCUAAUAUAUUGAUUGGCGACUCAGGAUCAAUUAAGAUUGGUGACUUUGGCGUAUCUGUGCGAGAACCAGUGGACCUCGAUUGGGUCAAGGGUGAGGGCGAUCGGCGAUACAUGGCACCGGACUUACUUCGAGAUCAGUUUCAUAAACCAGCUGAUAUAUUCAGUCUUGGCCUGAUUGUACUUGAGAUGGCUACUGGAAUUGUGUUACCCGACACUGGCGAACCUUGGGAAGAGCUCCGCUUAGCAGAUUUCUCGGGCUGUGAAGAAGCAUUGGCCAAAACAUCACGUAAAAUGCGCGAUUUUAUUGAAUGGCUAAUGCAAAUCAACUCACGUGAGCGGCCUACCAUUGAUCAAGUAUUAGCCCACCCGGAGCUGGCAUCCAGAGUGGCAAAGGAAGAAGAUGAUGAUAUUAGGGGCAGUAACAACAAGGGUAUUCUUUUUGAAUACGUGCAACAAGUGAAGUCAAUUGAACAAGCAAGAUCUCCAGCAUCAUCUCCAUCAUCCCCCGUGCUAGCAGCGCUAGCAAAAAUCGAUAACGCGCUUGGUGGUGCUGCAGAAAACGAUGACGACGAUGACGACGACGACGACGACGACGGGGAGCUGGAUGAUGACGAAAACGCAUUAUUGCAUUAA